AUUGCCAUUACCCACAGAAUAAAGAAAGGGGCCCUGUUAUUCAACAAUAGGGGAAAAGACAGAGACAAUGGGAAAUUGUGCUUCCGAUGGGGUGGGGACUGAGAAGGAAAGGAUAGACAGACAGACAGGGGUCUGUACAGAAGAGGUCAGGUUUCCUGAAGCAGCUGGAAGUCCUGGAUGGUUCCCACCUGAGAGUCCGUUCGCAAAGGCAAUGCGCACUCAGGCACCAGAGGGCAGAGGUCCUCAAGUCCCAGAAUUCUAAGGUGCUUGAAACACCCAGGAGCCUGGCAACAGCUUCUUCCAGAACCCCUUCCUCAAGCAAGGCAAAAAGCUGCUGAGCACCGCUCCCUCCAUCUCUGUGAAGAAACCAGACAGUGCCUGGCUAACUCUCCAUCAUGCCAGGCUGGCUCACCCUCCCCGCGCUCUGCUGUUUUCUACUCCUUUGGGCCUUCACCGUCUUCCAUAAAGCCCAAGGAGACCCAGCAUCCCACCCCGGCCCCCACUACCUCCUGCCCCCCAUCCACGAGGUCAUUCACUCUCAUCGUGGGGCCACGGCCACGCUGCCCUGCGUCCUGGGCACCUCGCCUCCCAGCUACAAGGUGCGCUGGAGCAAGGUGGAGCCCGGGGAGCUCCGGGAAACGCUGAUCCUGGUCACCAACGGACUGCAAGCCCGGGGGUACGGGCCCCUGGGAGGGCGCGCCAGGAUGCGGAGGGGGCAUCGGCUAGACGCUUCCCUGGUCAUCGCGGGCGUGCGCCUGGAGGACGAGGGCCGGUACCGCUGCGAGCUCAUCAACGGCAUUGAGGACGAGAGCGUGGCGCUGACCCUGAGCCUGGAGGGUGUCGUGUUUCCGUACCAACCCAGCCGGGGACGGUACCAGUUCAAUUACUACGAGGCGAAGCAGGCGUGCGAGGAGCAGGACGGACGCCUGGCCACCUACUCCCAGCUCUACCAAGCGUGGACCGAGGGUCUGGACUGGUGUAACGCCGGCUGGCUGCUCGAGGGCUCCGUGCGCUACCCUGUGCUCACCGCGCGCGCUCCGUGCGGCGGCCGAGGCAGGCCCGGGAUCCGCAGCUACGGGCCCCGCGACCUGAUGCGCGACCGCUACGACGCCUUCUGCUUCACCUCGGUGCUGGCGGGCCAAGUGUUCUUCGUGCCCGGGCGGCUGACGCUGUCUGAAGCCCACGCUGCGUGCCGGCGACGCGGCGCCGUGGUGGCCAAGGUCGGGCACCUCUACGCAGCCUGGAAGUUCUCGGGGCUAGACCAGUGCGACGGCGGCUGGCUGGCUGACGGCAGCGUGCGCUUCCCCAUCACCACGCCGCGGCCGCGCUGCGGGGGGCUCCCGGAUCCCGGAGUGCGCAGCUUCGGCUUCCCCAGGCCCCAGCAGGCAGCCUACGGGACCUACUGCUACGCCGAGAAUUAGUGUCACCGUGUCCUCUCCAGCGCUCGCGACAAAGCGUGGGAGUCGUAACUGGGUUCGCUCGACACCCCUUUUCGGAGCUCCAGACCGGGAGAAGCCUCUCCAGACCUGCCUUUCCAGCGGGUGCUGCGGGCCCCGGACUCCGGCUGGCCAGGCGACGGGGAGGGGAGGCGGGUGCGCCCUCGGCGGAGAGGUGCGGCGGUGACCCUCGGACCCGCUGAGGUUCGCGAGCCCCCGCAGUGGGCUCAGCCGCCGUUGGGCGGGAGGGGAGGCCGGGGGUAUUAACGGCAAUAAAAUAACCUGGGGACCCUU